CGACGAGGAUUUUUUAAUAAAGUCUCCAAUCGUGGACACCAAACGACGGCGCAACUUCCAACAUGUACGCCGUAGUAGCCAUCAUUCUAGCAGCACUAGCUUGCUUGGUAGCGUACCUCCUCUAUUCGUUCGGGGAUAUCAGAAAGCUACCAUGGUAUACAGUUGUCGUCGCUUUCAUUGCCUGGGUGUUUCCGUUCUCCUUACCACUGAUCCUACCACUGGACUUGGCUUCGACGGAUUAUCGAGCAAAAUGUCUAAGCGGGGCUGAACUGCCUGCCGGCAUCAUAUGUGAUGAGCCCUUUGCAUAUGUGGACCGGCAAUUCUUGUUUACGUAUUGGAAGACGGUCUACUGGACUAUGUUCUGUUUGACAUGGUUUACUAUACCAAUACUACAGUCGUGGGUUCGAGCAGGGGAUUUCAAAUUCCGACGACGACUGUGGGCGGCCUUGAAGGAUAAUCUUAUCUACUGGAGCAUUCUCGGAGGAGUGGGUCUUGUGUCAUUGAUUUACAUCUUAGUCGUGGCGAAGAUCAGCCAAGACAUUCUUUUGGUCAUGGGCAUGGCCGCCGCCAACGCGUGGGGUCUGCUGCUAAUUACGGUCAUGAUGGGGUACGGCCUCGUGGAAGUACCGCGGACGCUUUGGUACAGUGCAAACACGACGUGGUCGCUCCGAUAUAUGGAAUACAUCAUUCCGGGAGCGAAGGAGGCGGCGUUGGAUUCUGAGGCGGAGAUCUUUGACAUCGCGAGGCGGAUAGCCAUCGCGUCCAAGGAGACCCCGCUGGACAGCGAGCUGCGAUACUUUGUCGACAAGCUGAUUCAAAAGUGUCCUCUAGCGUUGGAGGAACGCAAUCUGGAUCGAAACCUUGACGCAGAUGAGAUUCCGGCCGAAGUGACUGAAGCUUACCUCGUUGACCUCCAUGCAAGAAUCAAGCGAGCAGCCAAAUUGCAUGAUCGUUCUCAAGCACAGUAUCGCUUCCUCUGCCAGAAGGCAUUCUUGUACCAAGAUAUAAUCGAGAACUAUCGGAAUAAGGAGAGGAAGUUCAUUUCCUCUCGGGUCAAUGUGAAGCCUGAUCAGUUCGCUGAUAUCAAGCUGAGAGCAUACUGGUACUGGUAUGUCUGGCUCCGACCCAACAUGUUCCGACUCUUGAGUUUCAUCGCGGUGUUCGCAUCGCUGGCGGUGAUAUGGUCCGAGUCGACUUUCCAGGUCGAGAGUCCCACACUCUCAGUCCCCGCAGCAAUCCUGAAGUCUCCUUACGUGGGAUACUUUGCCACUGAGCUGGUUGCAAUAGGGUUUAUUUUGUACAUGUGCGUGUGUGCAUAUACGACAUUGUUCAAGAUCAAGUUUAUGGAUUACUAUCUGGUGGCGGAACACCACACGGACGAAGGAAGUCUGAUGUUUGUCGGUGGCUACCUCUGCAAGCUCACGUUCCCAUUGUGCUAUAACUUCAUCAAUAUCGCCAAGGACAACUCUAAUGAUUUUGAAACCGCCUUCAUUGAGUAUCAAGGAAAGGCCGCGAGUCUGACUCCGCUUCUGGGCGACAGUUACAACAAAUGGCUACCAGAAAUCGUAUUGGUAUUUGCCUUCAUCACCUUCUUCAACCUGCAUGGACGUCUGCUGCGCCUCUUCAAAGUGAAGUACUACUCGUAUCAUGAAGCCAUGGCUUUGGCGGAUUCAGAUCUUGAUGAAGGCAGGCAGAUCAUCGAUCAAGCACGGUCCGUUGAUGAACGAAAACGAGGGGGCUUGUACGGCUCCGAAGGCAACUUUGCGAACAACGACGGUCCAGCGCUUUCGUCCAUAGAGAGAACGAAUCAUCGGACGACUCGCAGCACCACAGGCGGACGUGCUAAAAAUGCUAAGGAGCUUCUUGAAAAAUACAAGACCGGUAACCGCAAACUAGGUGCUGGAGGACCGGAGGAAGCUGGCUCACUUCCAUCGAAAGGCGGCCCGGUCGCGGGCUCCACCGCUUCCAUAUCGAGUAACAAGCCCGGUGGAGGUUGGGCUAGUGGAUGGAAACAAGCUGCGACAGGAUACUUCAGCGGGAAGAAAUCGGGCGGGGCUGACGCUGGAAAGUUUCAAAGGCUGGAUCAGAGUGAUGUAGAGUCUGGGAGCAUGACAAGUCUGAAUGACAUUUCGGAGCCUGCGGCAAGCUCGCGGACAGGAAGGCAAUUUGGCAUCGCCCCGAAACAGGAGACUGGCGGUUGGUUCUCGAACAGUUUGAGUGCAGCAGGGAAGGACGCUUCAUCCGAUGCACCUGCAGCGCCGAAACCACAUCCUUCGUCAACCUCGAAGGCUGGCGGGCGGACACAACCGAAGAACAUGUUUGACGAUAUCUGAGUCUCCCAGCCCUUCCCCAUUCCUUGUCGUCCCAUUUCAAUUUCCUCGUAGCCAAAAGUAGCACAAGCUUUUAGAUAAACCUCAUUUUGUGUAAUGUAGUGACGACGUGCUGCUGAUCCAUUCCAGUACGCUCGCUCCACCUGGUCCCCCCUCAUCCUUCCCUUCGCUGCCCAGCCCCGUAAGAAGGCAUUGUAUCCAGCUAGA